AAAAUGUAAAAACCACAGGGAUCAUGCCUCCUCUUAGUCAAACAGAAGUCGAUGGCAAAGCCAUUGCAUCUAAAUCAUCUCCGCAACCCAAGCUAAAUGGCCACCACACUCCCAGAGAACCAGAGUCUCCAGCAGACGAGAGGUGCAAGGAAGUGGGAUCGGUGGACAAUGAGGUAGUACUCCCUGGAGGAAGUGGAGCCUCGCGGUGUCUCUCCCCAAGCAGCCCUGCCUCGUCCUCCCUUAGCUCAUCUCCUUGCUCUUCCCCAGUACUGACCAAGCGUCUGGCCUCUAUAGGCUGCUCUAGUCCGACCUAUCCAUCCUCUUACCAGGCCAGCAUCAACCAGCGAUUCCAAGCAGCACGCCACAAAUUUCAGCAGCAAGCUGAAUCAGAGCAGCAACACGGAGCAUCCGUUGUCCACUCACCUCGAGACCUCUCUCCUACUGCGGCUGCUCCUACUACUCCAGACAAUUCUACUGCAAAGCAGAUUGCCCGCAACACUGUCACUCAGGUGCUGUCACGGUUCACGAGCCAACAAGCAACAAGUAAACUCCCUCCGUCCAACAGCUCGCCCUUUGGCACUGAUUACCGCAACCUGGCCGCAGCCUCCUUGCCGACAGGGAAGAGCCCAGGGGUUCUUUCACCAGGGAUCCGCUCACCAAUAAUUCCUAGGGCGGAGAAGAUUCAUCCACCCCCUGUUCCUCCUAAAAAGCAGGGGGUCAACCAGUCUCCCGGCUCACCGGUACCUUCUGGCAGAGCCAGCCACUUCCCCGAACUCUCUGGGAGCUGUGGUCUCACCAGGGGUCAGGAAGAUGCAAAAGAGCUUGACUUGGUCAUGUCGUCAUCUAGUUAACCAGCCUGGAGUUCACGCCUUCUCCACUCCAUUCCAUCCAGUGGCAUCUAAAGCACUCUUGAGAACCUCAAGGUUUCCUUCUUUUAUUUUCACCCUUAUUGUCAUGUCAUACUUGUCAAUUCUUGUCCUUAAAAGGAUAGUUCACCCAAAAAUGAAUAAUUACUCACCCUCAUGUCGUU